UUAAUAAUAUAACUAUUUGUGUCAGCACAUUUCCACUCGGUGUAGACAACGCUUUUGUUUAACGUGCCUUUUUCAAUACUUUAUUAAUUUUGUUGGGUUAAACUGUGGUGUGUCACCGUUUCAUGUGAGCAAUAUCCCGUGCACCUGUGCAUUUAGAAAGUGUGGAGUUUCAUCGGGUAUGAUGGAUUUCGACGCGGAUCAUUUUUGUCGAGAAAUAGAGGAAGAAUUUAAUGUGAAUUUACGAAAGAAAAUACGGGAAAGCUGGCAGGACUACUGGGAUUGUGAACAAUCAAUAGCUAGCGCUCGAGCUAGUGUUAUGAUCUACGAUGACGUAAAUAAAAAGUGGAUACCAUCAGGAACAUCGUCGGGGCUUUCGAAAGUUCACAUAUACCAACACACCGUACAACAAACAUUCAGAGUCGUCGGAAGAAAACUCCAGGAUCACGAAGUUGUUAUUAACUGUGCCAUUUUAAAAGGACUGAAAUAUAAUCAAGCAACAGCUACAUUUCACCAGUGGCGUGACAAUAAACAAGUUUACGGGUUGAAUUUUAGCUCAAAGGAAGAUGCGGACCUUUUUGCAAGGGCGAUGUUCCAUUCGUUAGAGGUACUUAGUAAUAUAGUUAGACAACCAGCCCCCCAGUAUGCACCGCCGGUAGCACCGCAACCACCGCAACAGCAGUUACCGCAGCAGCAAUACGACGAAGACAUGGGUUACCGCACGAUGACACGAGAAGACGUCGCAAUGAUCCAAGAAAGGCGGAUAUCGAAUUCAUUGAUGUCACCUCAGCAAACGUCACCGAUGACUCCUCAAAAUAACGUGCCUGCAGCGCCGGCAAUGCCAAUGUCCGCCGCCCCCGCCCCUAGCCCUAUUUCACCCCCAUCUGCACAAUCUGGUCAUCAAAGAACUGUGAGUGCGCCGCCCGCACCGCCGCCACCCCCGGCCGGACCACCGAUGCCGCCAGCGGGAGGGCUGGCACCUCCUCCACCACCACCUCCCCCGAUGAACAUGUCUAGGUCGCAAAGUAGUGACGGUGGCGAAGUUAAUUCUUUAGCGGCACAGUUGCAGAAUGCUAGGUUAAAAAGAAAUAACAAGAAUACACCACCACCAACUGAAAACAGCGGUUCGUCUACUAGUAGUGGUGGAAGCAGUAAUUAUGGCACGCUCGGUAGGGGAGGAGGUGGAAGCAUGGCUUCGAUGAUGGACGAAAUGGCGAAAACGUUAGCUCGGAGAAGAGCAGCGGUGGAAAAGAAAAACACCGAUAAAGAUGAAGAUGAGAAAAAGGCGGUAUGGGAAAAAACAAACACUCUACCAAGUAAUACUUCCAAAUUCUCUGAGUCUCCUAAAAGUAUCCGCAAGAGGUUCGGCUCAGCCUCCGAGGAAACUAUAUUGAAAGUAAACGGCCUAUCCGAAGUUUCUGGGCUGUCACUUGGACCAACUGAAUUAGAGAGCCUCAAGAAUGAAAUAGUAAAAGAAGUUAAAAAAGAAAUAUCGAAAAUGAAACAAGAUAUUAUAGAUGCAAUCAAAUCAGAACUGAACCGAAGGUAAUUUAUUAUUGCCUUAUACUGUAACUGCGACGUUAUAACCGUGAAUUUUUUUAAUAUGGAUAAUUUUUACACUUGGAUCAAAUCAUGCGACAAUUUAUAAUAUUAUAGUAAUAUUAUUCGGUCUUAACGUAAACACUGUACGUUUAUGGGAAGAGUAUGUUAUUUAAUGUUUCCUAUUUGCUGUUCUGUACGUUAUUAGUAGCCAGCAGCGAAAAGAGGAAAUGAGAAUCGACGGGUUGUGUAGACACAUGAAGUUGAAAAUAUUUUCAACUCUUUUAACAUUGCUUUAUUUGUGAUCAGAAAUUCAUAAAUGCAUGUGUCAAGUACAGAAUAGCUGAAUUUUAAAGUAAUGCUAUAUAGGUGUCGUGGAUAUAGAGCACUUUUAUUAUAAGUUUUAACAUAGUAUUUAUUUUAUUAUAAGUUUAAUUAGGUAUUUAAAAUUUUUCAAUGAUUCCUAUGUAACACUGUUUAAAAAUCGUUUAAUUAAAUCACAAUUGACUUAAAAAUCUCGACAUGACAAAAAAUAUCACAGUUUUAUAUUAUUUUAGUAUUACCAGUAUUUUUAAAGUCACAAUCGGUAUUCGUGAAAAAUCAUUUUUACGCAGUGUUGCAAUUCUUGUAAAUAUUUAUAUAGCGUGGGACUUCCAAUGACCUAUUUAUUAACUGCUGUUUUAGUUGUUGCUGAAUAGAAAAUGUCCAAAAACAGUCUUACUCUUGUUCAGGAAAGUGUGUUUUCGUCAUAUUUUAUGCUUUUUAUAAAAGAAGUAUUGAGAAAAAUUGUGCCAAUAUCAUUUGACUUGUAAAUGCAAUGUAAGAGUAAGAUUGUUGUGAAGGCAUUUGUGCUACCAAUUC